GCCACGCGGAUUUGCUGCAGGGACGGCGGGGAAAGUCGGAGCAUCAUCACGUCUGCUCAGGAAGUCGUUUAUGGAGCUUGGGAGCCCCGAAAGGCCAGUUCUAGUGCUUGUGGUCAAAGCUGAAUGACUGUCUCGUAUCAAAGAUGACCAAAAUGAAAAAGAAGGACUCUCCAUCCCAAACAGAUAACUCUACAACUAAACCAGACAACCUUAAGAAUCAGAGAAAGAAGAAGAAGAAGAAAAAUAUAUUUUGGAAAAAGAUCAACCAAGUAGAGAAGAGAGCGAGCAAAGAAACGAAAGCAGUAGUAGAAUUGCCUCCAAAAACGUCCCAGGAAGUUUCAUCAAACUGGAAAGCCCUACAAGAGCUUCUGCAACAAAAGGCCAGCUGUUUGAAUUCUGCCGUUACUGCACCCAACACAUAUUCCAAGAAAAAGGACGUGAAAACUGUUCCUUGCGUAUCGGGACCAAAUGGGAUUGGAAAGAAGCUGACGUCAAAGGUUCAGGUUCCAAGUUUGAGUCCCGCAGGUGUCACGAGAUCUAAAAAGUCCACUCAAGUGAAGAAACCACCACAGGUUCAAGAGGCUGCCAAAGAGCAGAGAAAUGUCCAGGUGGACAACGGAGAGAAGAAGCAAGGAGAUAUUAAACAUAAACGAAGGAAACAGGAUGAUCCAGUGGCGGCAGCAUCUAUAGACAUCUGGUUUGAUGACGUGGAUCCAGAUGAUAUCGAAGCAGCCUUGGGACCGGAAGCUGCCAAAGUAGCCCGGGAGAAUCUGGGCAUCAAAGAGGAGAGAAUCCAGCAGACAAUGGAACCUGAGCUGGUGAAAGAACAUGCUUUUGAAGGGCUAACCAAAGCAGUGGCCAUCGACUGUGAGAUGGUGGGCGUGGGGCCCACCGGUGAAGACAGCAUCCUGGCCCGUGUCUCGGUUGUGAAUUUAUUUGGCAAAUGUAUCUAUGACAAGUAUGUCAAGGCUACGGAAAAAGUCACAGACUACAGAACCGCCGUUAGUGGGAUUCGGCCUGAGCACUUAAAAACAGGGGAAGAUUUCAGAACCGUCCAGAAAGACAUAGCUGACAUCCUAAGGGGUAGGAUUUUAGUUGGACACGCUCUUCACAAUGACUUAAAGAUUCUACUUCUUGAUCAUCCCAAAAAGAAAAUCCGGGACACACAAAGAUACAAACCUUUCAAAAAGCAGGUCAAGAGCCUAAGACCCUCCCUCAAACUGCUGUGCGAUAAACUGCUCAACGUCAAGGUGCAGACCUCAGAACACAGUUCGGUUCAAGACGCUCAAGCUGCGAUGCGACUUUACACUUUGGUGAAAAAAGAGUGGGAAGCGUCCUUGAAAGGAAUCCCCAAGGCCCAGAAAGACUAAAUCCGGACCGUUUCACGUCCGGCUGUGUUCGCUGCAGCACUGGCCGAUCGGAAAAACUUUUGCUUGAUCAGUCCUGCAGCUGCUCUUCGCCCUUAACUUGGCUUUGGCCAUUAAUCGGGGGUUUUUACUUCAACGGAAGACACGUUUUAAGUUUAACUGAAAUGGCAGCCAUCUUUUCUCCUUACCUCUUCUGCGUUAGGCAGAUGGUUUUGAAAUUGUGUUUGAGGUUCCAAAAUUAGCGGUAAUACAGCAGAGAAAAGCAGAUUCUGUCUCUCUCUGUGUGCCAUUUUGGCUUCUCUGCUUAAAUCUGUAUGUACACACCCUUCUCCAGCCACCAGGUAGGUCAAAAAAGUUUUAAAACAAGAUUCAUCCUUUUUCCUUUGCUGCAGUCCAUGAUAGGAUCUGAUCCUUGCAAUCGUCUGUUGAAAAAAAAAAAAACACGGCUUGACCGCGCCUCGUUUUCCUAUUUAUUGUACAACCUUUAAUGUGUUCGGCAAAAUAUAAGCUCAUUCACGUUUUGCAAAUAAAUAAUCGAAGUUCCGUAAAAGGGA